CCAAAACUCAAACGCUGGCUCGCUCAAGACAGAAUCUAUGCACUUUCCUACACGACUUUCAUCGGCUCCCUUCUCAGCCAAAUUUCUAUUCCUCAUGGCUCGAAUCGUGAGACUUCAAUCGAAUGGAGAGUUGUGGAUAUUUUGAUCGAGGGUUUGGGAAAUAUUCGGGGAGAGAUUGCGUUGUUUGAAAGUUCUGCUCGGGAGGAGGGGUGGUUGGAGGAGAGGAGGUUUGUGAGGGGUGUGGGGUUGAGAGGGAGUUGGGAGGUGGCUGCUUGCUGGAGCUCACCGCAGACGAGGAAUUAUCAAGACCUUUUCGCAGGAGCGAUAUUAGUGGGUUUGACGAUUCUAUGGGCUCCUGAAGAGUGCUAUUUACGGGCUUGGAGAUUUGCGUUAGGAAAGGUGAAGGUGGGUAAGGAGGCUGAUGUGAUGCAGAGGGUGUUUAUUCCGAAUUGGAGUUCGCGUGAGUUUGAAACUUUUGUGAGGAAGCUUGGAGGGUUGGUGAAUGAGAUGGCUACUAAGUGUGGAGUUGAGGAGCGAGGUUGGGUGUGGAAAGAGUGUGAGGCGGCGUGGAGGCAGGUCAUCUGGGUUGAGAAGGAGUUUUGGCCUGAUGUU